UAAAACACGCAUAUAUUAUCUGAUGAGCACAAUCCUAUAGUCCGCACAGUGUACAAGUAAACUUCGUCGAGACAAGUAUAGUUACCAAGAAAUCACCAUGUUCACCUUUAUAUUGGUGAGCGCUCUGCUCACAGUAAGCUUGGCGAAUAACCCCAAAGAUGACGCCCAGUACAUGAAUUUAGAAAUCAAGAACGUCAAAGGAGGAGGCGGCAGCUACGUUUACAGAGGAGGACAGAAUGUUGACAGGUUUUUUAACCGCACGCAGCAUGGCUACGUGCAGGCCAGCCAGACCAACCAUGAGGUCGGCGUUUGCUACACAGAGGUCCCGACCUCUACACUUGUGCGGGACCCAAAACAUAUACCUGCUGGUAAUGGCUCGCGUCCAGAACUGAGCCGCAUCCGCACCUGCUGCCACGGAUACAUCCGCAACAUACACAACUACCACAUCUGCGACCCCGUCUGCACGGUCGAAUGCGUCAACGCCCUCUGCACCGCCCCCGAAGUCUGCACGUGCUUCCCUGACCACGUGAGGAAUACUGCUGGGUUCUGCGUCGCGACUUGUCCUAUUGGAUGCCAGAAUGGACAUUGCAAUGGGCAACAGUGCCUGUGUAAGGAGGGAUUCAAGUUGGAUGUCAGUGGAAGAUUCUGCGUGCCGCAUUGCAGGGAUAACUGUGGUGGAAUUGGAAACUGCACAGCCCCAAACACAUGCGAAUGCAGGCCUGGCUACUCCUCAACUCCUGACGGCUCCUGCAGGCCUGGUGGCCCGUCAUAUUCCCAGACACAGCAUCCUGGAGCACCUGGUGUUCCUGGGUCACUGCACACAGUUCCAGGGUCACAACAGACCGUUCCUGGGUCACAGCAAUCUUUGCCAUGUGGUAGCUGUGUAAAUGGUUACUGUGCGGGUACAGAAUGCCGCUGCCGUCCGGGAUAUUUGCUUUACAGGGGAGAUUGUAAAGCGCUUUGCAAUCCGAAUUGCGAACUUGGUAAAGAUUGCGUUGCACCUAACGUUUGCGCACCAAAAGGAUCUGGAGUCAACGCAACACAUCCUCAUAACAACCUACAGUACCCAUACCUCAACCCAACACAAACUCCAUACCAAAACCCGAGUCAAUAUCCUAAUGGUCAAUACCCACAAAAUCAGAACCAGUACCCCUAUCCCGGUCAAAACCCAAAUAAUCAGCAUAACCAACAAUAUCCCGAUUCCGCCAACCAUACUGGUCAGCAUCAACCAAAUCCUAUAUAUGCACCGUACCCUGGUCAACAGAAUCAAUACCCAGGACAGCAAAACCAAUAUUACCCAGGCCAACCAAAUCAGUACCCUCAUACAUACCCUUCACAGCCAAAUGGGAUUAAUUCGGGAUACUCAACCCAGAACCCGCAGCCAGGCCAUCAGCAUCUAUAUCCUCAACUUCCUUCUAACUAUCCCAAUAAUCCUCAAACCAAUCAAGGAAACAACGGGACAGGUCUGAGAACAGAUGGCCAGGUCUUUUACCAGAAUCGUCCGUAUAAUCCUUUUGAGAAUGCCACCUUUAACUUGCAACAAGGAUCAGAUCAGACUUCAGGACACGGUCAGAACGUAACGCAAGGAUAUUAUGGUGGAGGUCACUAUUCUCAAGGCCGAUACGGCCAGGAACAAACUAGUCAGGGACAAUUUAACCAUGGGCAAACCAACCAGGGACAAUAUAGCCAAGGACAAUUUCGCCAAGGUCAAUUUGAACAAGGGCAACACAGCCAAGGGCAAUACAGUCAAGGACAAUAUGGCCAAGGACAAUACAGCCAAGGUCAAAAUGGUCAGGGUCAUUAUCAGCAAGGAUAUUAUCCUUAUCCUGGACAACAGGGACCUCAUGGUCAGAAUGGCGAAAACGAAGGGCAAAUAUCAAGUAACGCAUUCGGAAAUUGCGAACAACCCUGUGUCAAUGGAAACUGUGUUGGGCAGAAUAGAUGUGAAUGCUUACCAGGAUACAAUCUGGACCCUGCUGAUUCUACUGGCACCAGGUGUGUUCCCUAUUGCCACGGCGGUUGCCUCAACGGUUACUGCGCGUCGCCAAACAAUUGCGUCUGCUCAGAGGGCUACCACAAGGACUUCAGUGUCAAGGGGCGAUCGGGGUGCGUGAAGCGUUAUAGACGGUCGGCUGAACCAGUCAAUGUUGCUGAUGUUCUUGUAUUUGAGAUUCCUGAUUUAGAUUAAUGAUAAAUGUAGGUUUAAACUGACGUUUACAUUAACGGUGGUGCCAUAUUUUGAGUCAAUCUCGAAUAUUUUAAGACGAUUUUUUUAUUUU